GGAGGUCUCUGGUCUGCUGCCAUAUGUUAUUGCAGUGCCGCCAAAAGGGGUUGGGCAACACGUGUGACACUCUUCACUUGCAGCGUGAGACCCUUGCCGAAGCGUGUCACGACGUGGAGGCAGCAAGCUAAAGGAGAUGAUUGCGCCUGGAUGUCCUUAGUCACGAAAGUUACCUGAUUGAAGUAUCUUGUUUUUUUAUAUAUAUCGGAAACGACCAUCAUUAUAGAAGAAUUUCAAUGGAGCAAGAGGCGGAGGUGAGAUUCUGUCUGUGAAUUUGUGCAAAAUAACUUAAUAUGCUACGGUAAUUUUUCAAUGUUACAUCUUUCGCAUUUAGAGAACUUUGGAAGGACAUGUGUAGAAUAUAUGACAACCACAAAAUUGAUAUUGAAACAGGAAGGUACGUUUAAUGCAAUGCCAGCAAGGUUAUAAUCAAAAUAUAUAUGCAGAUACACUUAAGGAUGAAAAUGUUUGUUGUUUUGUACAGGCAAUGUUGGAAUCAAACAAAAGCAAAUAAUGUGCACCUUCAUAUAACAUUUGAGAGUGAAUUCGAUCAUAGAUGUAAGACCUGCGCAUGCGUUUUAUGUUAAAAGAAUCCUAUAUUUUUAUUGUUACCUUUGCACUCUGAGGCGUUACAACAUCUUUUUACAAUCACUGCAAGGUGAUAAAAAGUUUACGCCUAGGGUUUAACACAAAAUAUACGCAACCAUAUAUGGCAACUUGUAGGCAGAUUUGCUUAGACUUUUGCAUUUGCCAAGCUUGUUAUAUUAUAGUUUGUACAUAGUUCGUACUUGAAAUAUAUACGGUACAUUGUUCAUGAAUAUCAAGAGAACUGGAUAACGGACAAUUUAGAUGCCAACCCACCAAGAGAACAAGCUGUAUUUAUCACGUUUUCUGAGAGUUGACAAAUACAUAAGAUGAAUCAGGCCCUGGAAAAAAACUAACGAACAUCAAAUAACAUGCCUGCCUUUUUUUGAGGCUAUAAAAAUGCAUACCACAAGCUCUCACAAGCCUUAAUUAAAUAUAUACACUGAUGUGAAAGAGGCACAUCACCAUAUAUUGCAUAAAGUAGCAGCGUAUAAAUCGGAGAAGGAGAUAACAAUGUUCAUGGCUAUUUACAUCAACUGUAGAAGAUAUUUUUUAAAAAUUGUAUUGAAGAAAUUGGGGGCAAAAACAAGUGGAGAAAGGAUGCACCAUUACAGAAUUGCUGAUGAUGUAGUUAUUACAAAUAACUAAUGGAAGUGAACUACAAGAAUAUUAUUCACAAAAUGAAGAAGGCUACAGAGCUUGGCACAAUAUACACACGAUAAACUUAAACGCAGCAGGAUAUGCAUAUCUAUGGUAAAUAUCGAAGGCAGAUCCAAAUAAAACAAUAAUGAGAUUAAGGGGUGAAUGAGAGUAGGAUGUAGUACUUUUGUAAAGCUUAAUUUGAUAAUAAAUGGCAACAUGCUAGUGCACUCUAAGAAAUUAUGAGCAAUCAAUAUAAAUUACAUGCUUAUGACAUAUGGGUUAGACACAUCAAUGACAAAUAAAAUUGGGAAAAAAGCUUAAAAGUGCACAGAGAAGUAUGGAGAGUUUGUGUGUUUGGAUUUACACUGGUGCAGAAAGAGGAAUACAUGGAUCAUGGAACAAAUACAAACGGUAGACUUCACAUUGAAAAUUAAGGAAAGUAAGUAGCUUAGGCAGUAUACAUCAUGAGUGGCUAAUGGACGAGGCUGGUGAUAGAAUGACAUCCAAAGGAGAAAACAUGUCUGAGAGGUCAACCACCAUGCAGGUGAAUCAUUGAGACGGGCUUCUGCACAGGAGAGAUAUUGGUUGUAGCAUCGUGAGACUGUGUUGUAUGGCAAUGGUAGAGUGAGGCCUUUAUCCAGCAGCACAUGUAUCUUCAACGAGUCUUCAGAGCUUUCUUUGUCACGUUCUUCUGAGAUGGUUAAUGCUUUGCACAUUCAUGGUGAUACCUUUAUGUUUAUGAAUACAUUGCGAUCAAGGAUAUUCAAAGGAACAUUAUAAUAUAUAUUUGUUUAAAUACAUUGGAUGGUAACUUAUGCCUUCAAAAUAUAACAUGAAAAAAUAAUGGAAAUUAGUCAACGGAAACAUCUUGAGCCCCUGUCCUAUUUCUGAGAACUUUUUGGGAGGUUCUUGACCUUUGAAAACAUUUUCAUUGCUUGUUUAUAUCAUACAAUUCAAAGAUGUAUAUAUCAUCUCAGUACAAUUGAAUCUCAAUGCACGGGUACAGAGACAAUGCGCAAAUCUAUAAUAAGGGAAAUGAGGCAGUCAGUCAUAGGAAGAGUAACAACAAGAUCUUCAGUCUGAACUUGAACGAUGGCAGGGAGUCAAGAGCACAGAUAACUUUCCAAUCGGGCCCAGCUGGGGAGAAAGAGCGACCUCCCACUAAGCGUAGAUUGACGGGGUGGUGGUGGGGGGGGUGGUUCGCUCGAAAGCAAUAGUCGCUGGACGGUGCCAAUGCAUGAGCAUAAACAGGCGCAGGGAGUCAACAGCACACGGAUGUUGCUUAAGUGGAUUGCGAAUGCUGCAACGGUGUGUGUGUGUCUGUUGUCUGGGCGUGCGGGGCAGCAGGUGGAGCAGCUGCUGCUGGAGUUUGUGCUGGACCAACAGGAGCUGGAGGAGGUGAUGCACAGGAUGCGCAGGGAGAUGGAGCGAGGGCUUCGGCUGGAGACCCACCAGGAAGCCAGUGUGAAAAUGCUGCCCACCUACGUCCGCUCCACCCCUGACGGCUCUGAGGUGGGUGACUUCUUAGCGCUGGACCUGGGUGGAACAAACUUCCGAGUUAUCCUCGUGAAAGUGGGACAGAACGAGGAGGGCGAGUGGAGGGUGGAGACCAAGAAUGAGCUCUACUGCAUCCCUGAGGACGUCAUGACGGGCACUGCAGAGAUGUUGUUUGACUACAUAGCAGAGUGCAUUGCCAACUACCUGGACAAACUCAACAUGAAGCACAAGAAGCUACCUCUGGGCUUCACCUUCUCCUUCCCAGUUAAACACGUGGACCUGGACAAGGGAAUCCUUAUAAACUGGACAAAAGGGUUUACGGCAACAGGAGCGGAGGGCAACAAUGUGGUGGAACUGCUUCGAGAGGCAAUCAAGCGACGAGGGGACUUUGAUAUGGACGUGGUGGCCAUGGUGAAUGACACGGUCGCGACCAUGAUCUCGUGCUACUAUGAGGACCACAACACGGAGAUUGGAAUGAUUGUGGGCACGGGGUGCAACACGUGCUACAUGGAGGAGAUGCGCAACGUGGAUCUGGUGGAGGGGGACGAGGGCCGCAUGUGCAUCAACAUGGAGUGGGGGGCCUUCGGGGACAGCGGCGAACUCGAGGACCUGCGCCUGGAGUACGACCGCAAGGUGGACGAGACCUCAAACAACCGCGGCCAGCAGCUGUUUGAAAAGAUAAUAUCUGGAAAGUACAUGGGCGAGUUGGUGAGGCUGCUGGUCAUGAAGCUCACCAACCAGGGGCUGCUUUUCGGAGGAAAGGCCUCGGAGAAGCUGCAGACGCACUUUAAGUUUGAAACCAAAUAUGUGUCCCAAAUCGAGAGCAGCGAUGACGGCGCGGAGAUGAAGCAGACGCUGAACGUGCUGCUGGGGCUGGGCCUGCAGCCUACGGAGGCAGAAUGCCGGCUGGUACGGCGCUCCUGCCAGGCGGUGUCGCGACGCGCGGCCUCCCUCUGUGCAGCGGGCAUGGCUGCGGUCGUCAACAAGAUUCGCGAGAACCGCAGCCUGGAGCAGCUCGAGAUCACCGUAGGAGUGGACGGCUCCGUGUACAAGCUGCACCCGCAGUUCAAGCAUCAAAUUGCGACUACGAUGAAGCAGCUGGCGCCCAAGUGCGACGUCACCUUCCUGCAGUCGGAGGAAGGCAAUGGGCGUGGGGCUGCGCUCAUCUCGGCCGUGGCGUGCAAGCUGGCCAUGAGGAUACAGCGCUGAGGCGCGUGUACAAACCCAGGGCAGCGGAUCUGCGGGUCAAGCUGUCAGACGCUUUCCCAUAUAUGCCGGACAAGCUAUCACGCGGAAUGUAGAAUGUGCAGAGAGCCCUCACUGCAAGAGACGUACAGCUCCACUGUAAGAAAGCGAGCCGUGACUUAAACUUAAAUAUACGCAAAAUUGUAGCGUCAUCGGAUGGGUUUUGAACAGGUUUUCCACUUUUGAUGUAAUUCGUAAUGUUCGUUCGCGAAGGCAUUUUGACCUUUUAAAAUACAUUUAAGUUUAUUUCGCCACUCGCCGUCUUCCAGUGGUGUUGUAAUCUCUUGCUCCAACGGAUAACUUGACUGGCAUUUCAGAGGUGUCUGUUAGCUUGAGCGCAGUGGACAGCAGGCACCAACUACAGACCUCACUGAGACACCAUGUUCACAAACUGGGCUCAAAUUUUGAUUUAAAGCUUUCGUGACUUGCAGGGAUUCAUAUUCUUGGUUCUUUCGGUAAAGUCACGUAGAAGGGAAAUAAUAAAAUAAUAAAAAUAUA